UCUUAUCCUCUGUCGUCCCCUUCUCCUCCUGCCUUCAAUCUUUCCCAGCAGCAGGGUCUUUCCCAGCUAAAGGAUUAAUAUUAUCCAAAUAUGAAUUUUAGCCUUGAUUCUCAGACUUCUGGCUAUGAGGGCAUAACAAGAGAGAUCAUAUUUACAAGUGACACGUUGCCAUAGUUUAGGCUGGCCAUAGUAUUCCCACAAAAACAUUUCUGAACCACCAGAACACCCCACCCCAGCUCAUUAACUCACAAAUUCCUCUGAAAUUGGUAUAGUCUUAAGACUUGUCUAAAAGUUUUUCCAUUCAUAUUCAGACUUCUUUCUCAUGAUCACACAUUUCCCAGGUUCAAAAUGACUGGGACAUAGGAAGCAGAACCAAAAUUUCACCAAAUCCCCAUCAUGAUAUUACCAUAUGCUAUGUUGCUACUUGUUCUGUAUAGUUUUUAAGUCAACUUGAUACUUGCUGAAGAAUAUUUUGUCCUAUAGGUUUGAACCAUCAUUCUCAACCAAGACCACUGCUGCUAGUAAAGCAGAGUAGGUGUCAGCCAUUUAGUCACUCAGUGGUCAGGUCACUCAGUCCUGUCGGGAGACACCAGUUAUUUUUCAUGGAAUUUAAUUCCCUGGCAAGACUAAUUUGACCAGCAGGAUAAUCAGCCCUGAGAAGCCUCUCAUACAACGGAAUAACCAUAAGGAUGAAACCACUGUGCUUGACCUUGGGCCUUUUGGCUUUUAUAACAUGUUUCUCGUCUGGAGAGAGUCACAGAGGCCCCAGCCUACAAGUGCCUAGACCACCUGCUCGACUUCCUCCACCACGCAUUCCUUCUGUCCCAGGAUUUGUUCAACGCCCUUCUCUAUCCUCUGGUCCUGGAAGAAUUCCACCAUACCUUCUUCUACCUUCUGGUCCAGGCAGAAUUCCACCACGCCCUCCUUUCUUCCCAGGUUAUCCAAAUCCACCAAGACCUUAUCCAUCUAGACCUCAACAGUUCCUUCCAUAUCCUCCAUUUUAUCCUCCCUUCUUUCCACCUCUACCCCCAAAACCAGCAACUACAACAGACUCCCCUACUAUCUCCAUUACCAACACAACAAACCCCAUUACAAACAUAACAGUCCCCAGUGCCAACACAACAGACUCCAUUAUCAACACAACAGUCCCCAGCACCAACACAACAGAUUCCAUUACCAACACAACAGACUCCGUCACAAACACAACAGUCCCCAGCGCCAACACAACAGUCCCCAGUGUCAACACAACAGUCCCCAAUGCCAACACAACAGUCCCCAAUGCCAACACAACAGCCCCCAGUGCCAACACAACAGUCCCCAGUGCCAACACAACAGUCCCCAGCACCGACACAACAGUCCCCAGCACUAACAAAACAGUCUCCAAUGGUGACACAACAGACCCCAUUAUAAUCACAACAGUCCCCCUAAUAGACACUACAGACUCCACUACAAACAUAGCAGAACCCACCACCAAAUUCAUCAACCCCACAACUACAUCAUCCAAUACCCAAAAUUCCUUUAUUAAGAGAUUUUUAGAAAAAUUUCUUUCCUUUUUGGGGUAUGGAAGAGAUAGCCCAUGA